AGCUGAUAAAGUACAUAUUAAUUUUCUGGAUGAUAGUAUAUAAGGCGAUGAUGAAGAAGGAAAGUCACAUAUCCUUUUCUUUUCUCCUUGGUUCAGCAUCGACGCCCAAGAUGUUUUUGAGAAUGCUCGUUGUGGCACUGGCCUUAGGGCUCCUGGUCGACGUCGAGGCCAAACCGGCGCCUAAGCCCCAGGUUCUUCCUUAUGGCGUCCCCAACCCCGUCCUGCCUAGCAUGCUUGGAGGCCAUGCUCUUCCAGUGGCUCCGGCUUUACCAUGUUCCAACAUGCCAUCCCUGUGCCAUCACCACAUUAGUUCUCCAGUGAUGUACCAGCCACCAACAGCGGUACUUGCUCCCCAUCCAUCAGUGCUUCCUAUUCACCCACCUAUGGUCCUUCCUCAUCCACCAGCUAUGCCUGUUCACCCACCUACGGUCCUUCCUCAUCCACCAGCUAUGCCUGUUCACCCUCCUAUGGUCCUUCCUCAUCAACCAUUUAUGCCUCUUCACCGUCCUAUAGUUCUUCCUCACCCAUCAAUUAUGCCUGUUACUUCCUCUAUGUUCUCUCUUCAACCAUCAAUGUUCUCUGUUCUGCCAUCCAUGCUUAAUCCACAGCCACCGGCCUCUUCUCCUCAGUCGUCAGAGACUCCAGAGGCAUCCCCCCCACAACCCUCAGAAUUCCCCCCCACAUUAACCAUCGUUUACCCCACAACACAAGAUGCUCUCCCCUCAGUCGGUGGUGAGGCCGCAACCCCAUUCCUCUCGCUGUUUAAUCCCACAAGUUCCUUCAGUUACCCCUCAAUGCCCUCGAUGCCAGAUGCUUCAGCCAAUGGCCCUUCCAACUCACCCUCUAGUGAUGCCAAAUCGUUUCGGUUCUUUUAAGAAGAGGACAUAAUUCCAUU